GAGCUGAAACGGCGUCGUCUGAAUGUUUCAGUGGGCCUAUUAUCAUAGUCUUCGUCUCUCACACAACACAGAGAGAGAUGGCGACGGCGUCGUUUAGGUGGAUCUUGCAGCUACACAGGGACGUACCAAAAGCGGCUCGAUUCUACGAGAAAGGUCUCGAUUUCUCCGUCAAUGUGGUCACCUUACGUUGGGCUGAGCUUCACUCUGGUCCUCUCAAGCUAGCUCUUAUGCAAUGUCCUAGCGAGCAUAUGCCGAGUGAGAAGGGAUACUCUUCACUACUAUCGUUCACUGUGACGGACAUUAAUACAACAAUCUCUAAACUUAUGGAAUUAGGAGCAGAACUUGAUGGCUCUAUCAAAUACGAGGUCCAUGGCAAGGUUGCAUCUGUGAGAUGUCUUGAUGGUCAUGUGCUCGGACUCUAUGAACCUUCAUAGUUUGUCAGUUCAUGUUUUUUUGCUGUUCGGAUUAUAUCAUAGUGUAUUUGUUUUUGAUGUUUCGACCCGUUUAAUAAUAAGAUCAUCUUAACAACAGCAAAA